GAAAGGAUUCCUUCCUGUCUUUAGCUUCCUGCGUAGCUCUUCGCUAAUGAAGUUUUCCUCCAUGAGGAGAGGCGUUUGAAUAGAGGAAACCGAGUACUAUCACCUUCACUACAUGGAACAAACUUUAGGCCAACCGACGGACACUUUUCGGACCCUAUGAUUCGACCAAAAACAACGAUAUUUAUACGUCCACCGCCAAAUUGUGAAACAUGCAGGACCCAAACAGACCUCAGCGUAAAAUGUCAACGGCAGGAGACAGCUUGUACAAACUCCUGGGGCUGGAGAAAGGAGCAUCUCCAGAAGAAAUAAAGAAGGCAUACAGGAAACUCGCGUUAAGGCAUCACCCCGAUAAGAACCCAGACAACCCAGAAGCUGCUGAAACAUUCAAAGAGAUCAACAAUGCCAACUCCAUCCUCAGUGAUGAGAACAAACGGAAGAUCUACGACGAGUAUGGAUCCAUGGGCCUCUAUGUGGCCGAGCAGUUCGGGGACGAGAGUGUCAAAUACUACUUCCUCAUGUCCAAGUGCUGGUUCAAGACCCUUGUGGUGUGCUGCUGUUUUUUCACGGGCUGCUGCUGUUGCUGCUGCUGCUGUUUCUGCUGUGGGAAGUGUAAAAAGCCCGCAGACGGGGAAGACUUCACCUAUAUGAACCCAGAGGACCUUGAGGCAGAGAUCAGAGAUCAGAAUGCAGCAGGAGACCAUGUUAUAGUUAUUCAGCCGAGUCCUGGCACUUCAGAAAAUGGCGUCCCCCCAUCAGGUAAGAAUGCACCCAUCGUGAUUCAACCUCAUUCAACCAACAGCACCUUGGAAACCAAAAGAGAGGAGUCCUGAUAAAUCCAAGACCCCAUCAGCGCUACAUUGAUCUUUUUGAAAGAUGAUGAGGUAUACAUGUUGGGUUUGAAUGUGGCAGACAUGCAGAAAACAUGCGUUUGCUUAAAAUUAACUAAGCAGCGGUUAAGUAGUGCCAUAUUCUCUCUAGUGCCAGUGGGUUUGUCUGUCUAGGUUUGUCCAAUCUAUUUAUUUUUUUAACUUUUUUAAAUAUUGGGUGGUAUCUGGACUGCAUUACAGCGACAUGACAAGCCAUGCAAGUCAAAGCUCUGGAAUAUUUUUUUUUCUUUUCAUGUGCACUUUAACGUCUCCAUGUUUAAAAUCCUAAAGCUGCCACGACUGCCGGAGAUAUUUUUUAAAAUGCAACUUAAAAGCAUGGUUCCCGAUUUAUUAAAAAGCCAACCACUCUGAGAUUUAAGUGUCACCCUGCACAUAAUGUAGAAAUAAAUAAAGGGCUUAUUGAAAUGAUGUACAGUAUAUUGUGAUUAAACCAAACCAUGUAUUUAAAAUGUUUGGAUGUCCACUUGUGUAUUUAACAAUUUGUAAAUGGCACAAUUAGAAUAAAAAAAGUGAUGCUGACAGGCAUUACAGGAAUAAUUAAACAUUUUGUGAGAAACGCUUAGUCACUAUCUGUCUGAUGGUUAGAUGAGAUUUCAACCUUUCAAUCAUUUCACAACACAAGAUUGGUUGUAUGAUUGUUAAGUUGGCCGUGUGGGUCUUUCAACGUUAUGACAUGACCCUGGCAUUAAGUUUGAAGCUAGAGCCAGGAGGUGAUUAGUCUAGCUUAGCAUAAAGAUUGGAAGCAGAAAAAGAUAGCCUGGUUUAAAAAAAAUAAUAUAAAUCAGGCUCUGAUGCCAACUUUUUGCCGUCACUGUAAGGUUUUCAAUGUGUGUUGUAGUUGCAGACGCGCUACAAAAGUACUGGGCACAUAGACACGUUAUUUGCUAAGAAAUAGUUCCGGCACAUAACUCCCUUUAGAACCACAGCAUAAAAUUUCACUAGUUAACAUGUAUGUGGUGUGUUUGAGGUUUUCAUAGACAGAUUUUGUUACCUUUCCUCCCCGUUUCCGGCCUUCAUGCUAAGCUAAAGUCAUUGCCUUUUGGCUCCAGCUCCAUAUUAACGUAACACAGACAUGAGGGGUGUCAAUCUUCUUAUUCAACGCUUGUAAAGAAAGCGAAUAGGCGUAUUUCCCAAUAUAUUGAUGUAGUUCUUACUAGUACUUCUAGAUAUUGGUAGCACUGUUGGUCAGUUCACUGUACCUGCACAUAAGGUGACCUCAAGAAAAAACAAGGGGGUGAAUACUUGUUAAGGUACUGAUAAAGCUCCCACAAAUUAACAGGUAUUUUCUGAAAAACACUUUCCCUACAUUUGACGCUUAAUCCAACUUCACUCGACAUCGAGAUUACUUCAUUGUAUGAUUUAUUGCCGAUAAUUUCUCAGAUGUGUCAAGGCCUUUUAAAGACAAUGAUCUCUCUGGUGUGUGUGUGAGAUGAUUUAUGGCCGCUGUGUGCCAUGAAAUACGGGAAUCUGGUUUUCUGUGUAAAUGCAGAGGUAUAUUUUUGAUUGGAAGUUUUAUGACCAAUUUGUGUCUAUUAAUAUAAUGCCAUAAAUGUCUUUUUUUUUUUUAGCUCUGCUGGGUGUAGGAAUGUUGGGUUUGUGCAUUUGGUACAGAUCUAAAUAGUAGGUGUGCAUGUGUUUAGCAUUUUGUCUGUUUUUCUCGGGUGACUUUUACAGAUAGUCCAACAAUGUUUAAAUAAAGAUCCCAGAAACAAUCCCAGAAAUGUAUGUAAAAGUCAGUUUUGUAUACUUGACGACUGAACAAAAGUGACUGAAAACAUUUUAGUUGGAUUGGGUUUUAUUUUUUUUCCCUUAAGGUUCGAAUUAUUGAUUAAACAAUAAAAGAAAUUGUAUAUUUUAUCAUCUCGAUAUUUAGGUAUUUCCCCAAUUCUUUCAACUUUUACAUGGUGGUUUCUGUAAAUUGUAUGGUUUAUUAAUCAAAUAAACUUUGAGACUGGA